CUCUGCACUUGUCGUUGGCUGCGAGUCGAUUUUGAUUGCCUUUUCAGUGUGUCGGAAGCUUUGGACCUGAACUCAGAGCAAAGGAAGCCUGCGAUAGGAUAGAACAGAGCAUAAAACCACAGACAUCAAAGUAAAGAACUAAUUUUGGAGUAAUGAUUCACAGCAGUUAUGUCUGAAGCAUCAACAUCAGGGCGAUCGCACUCGGAAGAUCUUUCUAGCAACAACGGUCGCCUACAAGAGGUGCUCAAGACGUGUGCCAACAUUCAGUCGCUGGAGUCACUAUAUCCGGGUCCACAGAUAGAUAACGAUUUUAAGAUGAUCUCGCCUAAUCCGUACUCCAUCAGUGGGUUUAUAUCGAGCAGCAGCUGCGCCAGCGAAGAUGCUUUAACUGACAUCGUGCUCGAGGAGGACAAUCGCAUCUCACUGGCAUAUGAAAAUCUGUGCACCAUUCCACGGAGAUUGGCUGACAAGUUUGCCGCGCAAACCAAGUUUCUCGAUCUAAGCCACAACAAUUUUAAAAACCUGAAGUUUCUUUCAUUCUUCGAGGACCUUCAUACGCUCAUAUUGGAUCGCAAUAGCAAUUUAGAUGUGAAUACACUUCCCUACCUGCCUAACCUGAAAAUAUUGUGGAUAAACAACUGCGAUAUCUGCAAUAUAACCGAUUGGAUACACCGUAUAGAGCGACGAUGCCCCUCGCUUGAGCAACUUUCCUGCAUGGGUAACCCAGGUAUUCAGACCGUAUUUAAGAACCAUGGUCCCUCCCCACCUGAUGUCUACGCCCGCGAAUACAUUCUCCAGGUGCUUCCCAACUUAAAGUACCUGGACGGUGCAUCUCGCUAUGCAUUUGGCGACCACGAUCACAGUACGGACAAUGGGCGACCAAGUCGUACAAACGGAGCUUCAUCCUCGUGCACAUCUAUGGCGGGACAAGGCCAAGAGUCAACGAGUACCUCCGACAAGCCGUACAGGGGCAACAAAGUCGUUUCACCCACGAAUAGCUUCAGGGAUUUCUUUCGGGUUAACCCAGCCAAGAAAUUACGCAUUCGAAAUGGCAAUGGAUCUUCAACAAACUAAAAUUAAACCAAUCAACCUAAGAACUUUCCACUGACGGACGGGCGGGUCACAUGGGUUGCAAUACUAGAGCUUCAGCCUGAUUGUCUUAUUGGACUGUUGUUAUUUAUAGUUCAACUGCGAGCGAGAGCUUAUCACUAGAGAAGCUUACAGGCCUUUGACGAUGCCCUAGCUGGCAGUCCAUUGCACUCGAUUACACCUACAGACCCAUAUGCUCAUUGUAAAUACAAUCUAUGCGUAUAUGUGUGAGUUUGUGUGCAAACGAAACAAUGACAAUUACAAUUGAUUCAAUGUGGACUGCGAGAAAAACACAUUUCAAGAUUACAAUUGUUUUUAAGUUCCACUUUUCAUUAAUAUAAUAAACAUUAUACCCACAUAGUUUAUAAACAAAUAAGCACUCAGCAGACACCUGAAAUGUUCAUACUUGACUGAGAUAUCAUGCUCUAAAUAUAUCAUUAUAAGUUUAAUUUUUAAUCCUACAAUUUGCAACCAGUAUGUUUGUACAUAAUUCGUAACCAAAUACCAAUAAUGUAAAGUUGAUAAGUUAAUAAAUGUAUGUUGCUGACAAGUGCACUAAACAAAUUCUACUAAAUAAAAAAUCGACUA